GCCGGCAGCAGCACAGUCUGACAUUGAUAUUCCAACGGAUCGGAUCUUAUUAUUAUUUUUUUUUUCUGGUGUUGAAGUUUUUGUUUUAAGUUGUUUUUUAAAGUGACGAAAUGAACGGAUCUGCGGGAAGCAGAAUCCUAUCCAUCCUUCUCAUUACAAACAUUUGGCCUUGGGUCGAAUGUUUUGUCAACUCGCCCAAAAUUAUAAGCAAAGAUGGGAAUUUGAUUUUCGAGUCCGGAGCCAAUCGCAAUAUCAGUUUUCGACUGAACGGAAUUUCACGGCUCACGAUCAACGAUGAGUACGAUGUGAUGGAGAUUUUAACGGCCAGCAGUGGUGCCAAAAAGCGAUCCGGCGGCGCCAAGGAUGAAUGGAACACCGCCGAGGAUUUUGUGGAUGUGAGAGAGCUUUCCGAUCAGUUGUCUGAUUUCCAACGGAGAGCCUUUGGACCCAAUGGCUUAAAUGAUAAGCUACGAUUGCAGCAGAACAGGACUCGCGGAUCGUUGGCCCUGAUGCGGCGUUUCCAGACGCGACUUAGGGCGGUGGAGAACCGGGUGGAUCGUUUGAAGACACAGAUUGAGACGAACAGCUGUGCAAGUGGACCCUGCGACAAUGGAGGCACCUGCUACAACACCUUCAAUGGCUUUCGCUGCCAAUGCCGGCCGGCCUUUGAGGGCACCAAAUGCGAGGUGGACGUUAACGAGUGCGCCCUGUACGAGGGCACCGAUCUGGGCUGCCAGAAUGGCGGCCAGUGCCAGAACCAGUUCGGAUCGUACAGCUGCCUGUGCCAGCCGGGCUGGCAUGGGAUGCACUGCAGCCAGCGCAAGGCGGACUGCUCGCAGUCGAGUGCCUGGGAGCUGUGUGGCCACGGAUCCUGUGUGCCCAGCUCCGACGAUGCCAGCUAUCGGUGCCUGUGCGAGCCGGGCUGGAAGACCAAUGGCCUGACGCCCGUUUGUGGCGAGGAUGUGGACGAGUGCAGCGAUACGGCGGCCCACACGCCCUGCUCCACCAAGUGCAUCAACCUGCCGGGCAGCUUCACCUGUGCCCCCUGUGCAGCCGGCCUGACUGGGAACGGGGUGAGCUGCCGCGACGUGGACGAGUGCCAGACGAACAACGGGGGCUGCAGUCUCAGUCCCAAGGUGGACUGCAUCAAUUCCUACGGUUCGUAUCACUGCGGCGAGUGUCCGCUGGGCUGGACGGGUGAUGGCCGAAAGUGUGAGCGGAGUGCCCAGGAUUUCGAUGCCCAAAGUGGUGGACAGCCGCCGAGAAGCUGCCCGGCGGGCAACAAUCCCUGCUAUCCGGGAGCCAGCUGCUUCGUGAUCUCCGGCACCGCCUCCUGCCGUUGUCCAGUGGGCAUGGUCGGCUCUGGCUAUGGCCUCAUGGGCUGCGUCAAUGGCACGACCACCAAUUGCCUGGGAAGUCCCUGCCUGAACGAUGGCAUUUGCUUGGACGCCGGACCCUCGAACUUCACCUGCAUAUGUCCCAGUGGCUUCCGCCUGCCGAUCUGCGAGCCGGUGCCGAGUCCCUGCGACUUGCAUCCCUGCAAGAACGGAGGCCGAUGUCGCCAGACGGUGACGGGUGGCCAAAACGACUUCGUGUGCCAGUGUACACCGGGCUACAGGGGUCGACUCUGCGAGACGCGUUUCAGCAGCUGCAACGGGAUGCUGAGUGCGCCGAGCGGACGACUGCGGUACCCGCCGGAGGGCACCGGAUACGAGCACAAUGCCCAAUGCGCCUGGGUGAUCCGCACCAACGAAUCGCUGGUGGUCAAUGUGACAUUCCACAGCUUCGACGUGGAGGACGCCACCGAGUGCCGGUUCGAUUGGCUCCAGAUCAACGACGGCCGAUCGGCGGCAGCCCAGAUCAUCGGACGCUAUUGUGGCAGCCAUCUGCCACACGGCGGCAACAUCGUCUCCUCCGGCAAUCAGCUGUACCUCUGGUUCCGGUCCGACAACUCGACGGCCAAGGAGGGAUUCGAUCUCAGCUGGAACUCGAUGCAGCCGCAGUGCGGUGGUCGCCUCGAGUUCGACACCCAUGGCACCCUCGCCUCGCCCGGUUCGCCGGGCAACUAUCCCAAGAAUCGCGACUGCCAGUGGCAACUAGUGGCUCCCAAAAACAAGCGCAUCAAACUGACCUUCUUCAGUCUGCAGCUGGAAGAGCAUGCCAAUUGCAAUUUCGAUUAUGUGCAGAUCACGGACACCAUUUCCGGACGAGAGUUGGCCAAGUACUGCACCACCGGAGCGCCGGCACCGUUGCUGUUGCCCACCCACCAGGCGGAGAUCCAGUUCCACUCGGAUGCAGAGGGCAGCGAUACGGGCUUCCAGCUGCACUAUUCCACGGAGGAGGGUUUGCCCGGCUGCGGAGGCACCUACACCACCAAGCAGGGUACUAUUACCGAAUCAACGCUGGACUAUGCGGAACCCGAAGGCAUUUCCUGCGAAUACGAAAUCCAACUGGCCUUGGGCGAGGCGGUAGAAAUUACGUUUGGGAGUCUGGAGCUGGGGCCACUGGACUGCCUGGAGAUUUGGGAACCCAACCCCGAUGGUGACAUUAUGCACCAGAAGUACUGCGGACCCAAUGCGCCCCGCAAACCACCGGCCCAAGUCUCCCAAGGCAAUCGCUUGAGAGUGAAGUUCUAUGGCCGUGCUGGCCGAUUUGAGCUGCAAUACCGUUUGGCCUGUAACUGGAUAAUAGACGAUGCCACCAAAACGAUCGCCUCGUUGGGAUAUCCCAAUAAUGUCACCAGGGUCGAUCGCAUGUGCCCCUUUACGUUAAUUGCGACCACAAGCUUGAUCAGCUUAAAGGUGAUCGAUUUUCAGCUAAGCAGCGGCGACGACGACGACGAUGAAUGUCUGACCACCAAUUUGAGGUUCAAUGACGGAAAGAAUCGCCGGAUCCUGGGGCCCUACUGUGACAAGAAUCCGCCGCCGAAAACGAUUGUCAGCGAGACCAACGAUCUGGUUAUCCAACUGACGACGGAUGCGAGGAGCACGGGACGUGGCGUGAAGCUGGAGUGGAGUUAUCCGCCCGUGGGAAGCGACCAUUGCGGGGGAGUGUUCUACAAGUCGGGUACCCACAUCCGAAUGCCCGUCGAUUCGGACGGCGAAUAUGCCUCGGACGCCUCCUGUUACUGGGUGAUUGUGGUGCCGGCCCACAAGGCCGUCCGUUUGCACUGGCUGAGCUUCAGCACGGAGGGUUCGUUGGAGUGUAGCUUCGACUAUCUGGAGAUCUACGACAGUCUGAAUGCCCAGACGGGCGAUGAGAAGGCCAAACCCUUGGCCAAAUACUGUGAUAGCCGUGUGCCCGAAGACCUGAUCGUCCAUGCAGGCCAUGUGGUGGUCAAGUUCGUCUCGGACUACAGCUAUUCGGAGGGCGGCUUCGAAUUGGUCUUCACGUUCGAGGAGCCCGCACAGUGUGGCGGACACGUGCAUGCGAACAGUGGUGAGUUGACCUCGCCGGAUUUCCCCGCCAACUAUUCGAACAAUUUGCACUGCGAUUGGCGGUUGACCGGCGGAAUGGGUCAACUGCUGGAGAUUCAGUUGGACCUUUUUGACCUGGAAUUGUCGAGCAACUGCAGUUCGGAUUAUCUGGAGAUAAGGAAUGGCGCCAACACGGAUUCACCGCUCAUUGGACGCUUUUGCGGUCGGAAUAUACCCACCAGGAUACCCAGCCAUACGCAUGAGAUGAGGUUGAUCCUUCACACGAAUGCCGCCAUCAGUGGUCACGGUUUCCGGCUGCGAUGGCGCGUCUUUGCCUUCGGUUGCGGUGGUCAUAUACGCUCCAAUACGGGCGUGAUCAGCUCACCACGCUACCCCAAUCCGUAUCCCCAUUCGAUCCACUGUGACUGGUGGAUCAAAAUGCAUCCCGGAUCGGGUGUUUCGCUCACCUUCGAGGACCUGCAGUUGGAGAGCCUAAGCAAUUGCUACUACGACAGUGUGAAGAUCUUCACGGGCAGCAGGAAACCCAAUCAGAUGGCCGAACGAACUUAUUGCAAGGAACUGGAUGAUCCCAAAGAUCGGCUCAUUCAAAUGGAGUCCAGUGAGGUGACCGUAACCUUCGAUUCCGAUUCGAGCACUGCUCUGCGAGGAUUCCGCAUGGCCUUCAAUGCGAAUUGCGUGCGAAAUCUAACGGCCACGUGGGGUUCCAUCGAGAGUCUGAACUACAUGGAACCCUUUUGGGAGACCAUACCCGUCAAUUGCAGCUGGACGAUACGUGCCCCCAAGGGGAAUGGCAUUCGCCUGGAGGUCUCACAUUGGGAGCGGCAUGAGGAGCACAUGGGAACCGCUGAUAUUCCCAAAGGAUUGUAUAUUGCGGAUGGCAGGAAGGUCCAGGAGAUAGUCGGCCCAGGAGCAGUGAAUGCCAGCGGAGAAGUCCUGACUGUCAUCCACAAUGCCAGCACUGUGAACUUCCAGCUGGACUACCGCAUCGAUGGUUGUCUGGAGGAGCUGCGCGGCGACAGUGGUUCGUUCAAGUCACCCAACCACCCAAAUAUGUAUCCCAACAAUGUGGAGUGCUACUGGCUAAUCACUGUCAAACCGGAAAGAACCGUCGAGCUGACGAUUACCAACUUGGAUCUCGAGGAGAGUCUCAACUGCACCAAGGAUGCACUAACGGUUUCCAAUCAUAAAGACAUUGCGGAAACCCACGAACGUCAUUGUGGCUCUACGGACAAGUUGGUGCUAACCAGUUCCGGGUACCGGAUGCACGUGCGCUUUACCUCGGACGAAUCCCACAAUGGACGAGGCUUCUCAGCCAGCUAUCGAACUGUGAAAGCAUCUUGUGGUGGCAAAAUUUCAACCCGCAACGGAGUGAUCGAAUCGCCCAACUACCCGCUGGGCUAUCCGAUAAACAGCCACUGCGAGUGGCAGGUGGAGGUGUCGCCCCAUCACAAGAUCGUUUUCGAGAUGCAGGACCUGGAACUAGAGUUGGGCAACGACUGCGCCUGGGACUAUCUGGAGGGCUACGAUCUGGCCGAGGACGACACGGAGGGUCGGAGGCUGUUCAAGCUCUGUGGUGAUUUGAAGGAGGAGAACACCCUGCUGAUGUCCGCCACCAAUUUGGCAGUGGUGCGAUUCGUCAGCGAUGACUCCGUCACAAGGAAGGGCUUCCGCCUUCACUUCCACGAGUCCUGUGGCCAAACGAUAAUAAUCGAUGACACGGACUUCGAGUACAUCCAGAUGGCGAGACAGGCGCCGCGUAACGAGAGUUGUCUGUGGGUGCUCCAGGCUCAGGAGGCCAACAAGCGGGUCAGCUUCACGCCCACCCAUGUGAAGCUGCGCGAUGGUGCCAAUAGCCUAUAUCCCACGGAGGGCGAUUGCAUGCCGGUGGGCGUGAAGAUCUACGAGGGUGUGGAGGCGGUGGGCACACCACGCCUCCGCUACUGUCGCUCCCAUCCGCCGGCCUUGAUCUCCAAUGGCCAGGCGCUGACCAUCAGUGUGCCGCUGCAGCUGGUGGAGGAGUUCGAGGGCCACUACAUGACCAUGGACACGUCGUGUGGCAGCUUGUACAACGCCCUGUCCGGUCGGUUCAGUUCGCCGUAUUAUCCCGGCUCGUAUCCGCCGAACAUCGAGUGCAUCUGGAUUCUGGAGGCCAGUGUGGGCAAUUCCCUGAGUCUCACCUUGGAGUCAAUGGACAUGGAGAGGUCGGAGGGCUGCAAUCGCGAUUAUCUGGAGGUGCGCGAGGAUUCGGAGAGGGGUAAGCUCAUCGGGGUAUAUUGCGGCACAGAGGUGCCCGGGGCCAUUCACUCGCGCGGCUCCAUCUGGAUGAAGUUCAAGAGCGACGACGACAAUGUGGGCGAGGGAUUCCUGGCCUCCUACAAUUACGAGCACCACAACGAGCUGAACGGCACUGAUGGCAUCAUUGAGUCACCGCACUACCCGAGCAAGUUCCAGGACACGCAGCCGUACAGCUGGCGCAUCACCGUGGACAAGGAGUACGUGGUGGUGUUGGAAGUGCGUCACCUCAGGGAUCUGGACCAGCCGCACUUGAGCUUCUACGACGGCUAUUCGGACAUUGGGGCACGCAUUGCGUGGGGAGCGGAUGUGCAGGCACCCAUUCGCUCCAGCACGAAUGUGCUGUACUUUACGGCCAAGAGAGGUCCCUUCAAGCUCACCUGGCAGCGUUUGUCCAAGGAGGCACUGCGCUCCAAUCGCACGGCCGAGGAGCAGACGCGAUUGUGUGGCCAGCAGUUGGUGACCAUCGAUCGCUCGGUGAUUGGCUUCCAUUCGCCGGGCUAUCCCAAUGGCUACGAGCUGGGUCUGAAGUGCGCCUGGAGCCUGGUCCCAUCCAAUCCGGCCGUGCAUGCCGUUCUGCAGCUCAGUCAAUUGGACUUGGAGGUAUUUGGCGGGGAAAACGAGUGCAUAGCGGACUAUGUGCGCAUUUCGAGCAGUGGCGAUCUGCAUAACUGGUCGGAUCUGGCCAAACUGUGCUCCCUGCCGAGCGAAACGAAGGCGCGGGUCUUCCACGGGCAGCCCUACCUGCGGGUGGAGUUCGUCACGGACAGUAGUAUCAACAAAACCGGAUUCAAUGGCAUUGUGCGCACCAUGUGCGGUUCGGAGAUUACGGCGUCCAGGGGUCAGGUCAACAUCACGGACGUGCUGCUACGCGCUGGCGGCGGCUCCCAAACGCAGGACUGCAUAUGGCGUUUGAAGGUGCGUCAGGGCAGGCGCAUCAAGCUGGACUUCCCCGACUUCCAGUUGCAGAACAACAACAACAAUGCGGGCAAUGUCCAUGACUGCAGCAAUUACCUACUGCUACGCAAUGGCAACGACGAAGACUCACCCUUCUUGGGUCGUGGCAAGUACUGCGAGGAUGUGGCCCAUGAAGUACUGGAGACCAGUUCGAAUCGGGCCUAUGUGAAGUUCCACUUCACCCCGCUAUCCCGUUCCCUGAUGACCUUCCGCUUCGAGGAGCUGAGUCAUGCCUGCUCCGCUCGCAUACAACUGACUGUUGGUCAGGAUACGCAGACCAUAACAACACCCUACUAUCCCAAUUUGCCACACCCACACUCGGAAUGCAUUUGGAUUGUGGAGGCGCCGCCGGAACAUCGCAUAAUGUUGCAUUUCCAGGGCGAUUUCGAUUUGGUGGAGGCGGAGGAGGGCGGCAAGGACUGCCAGCGGGAGUUUGUCCUCGUGAACGAUGGCAGUACGGAGCUGAAACCGGAAAUUGGUCGCUAUUGUGGCAGUCGCAAGCCGGAUACCCAAUACUCCACCGGCAAUCAGCUGAGGAUACGCUACUACACGGAUGUCUCGGAACCGCACAAGGGCUUCAAUGCCAGCGUGCAGUUGGCCCGUUGCGGCGGCUUCUUCUCCAGUCCCGAGGGCACAAUAGCCUCUCCGCCGCGCGAACUCCUCCAGGUUCACCGGGCCAUCAAGCAGCUGGACGAGUGUGUGUACACCAUUGAGCUGGAGAAGGGUAGCACCAUCGACAUGACCAUCACACAUAUGGACAUACCCAAGCUGGCCAAUGGCAGCUGCUCGCAGCGCCACCACUUGCUGCUGGAGGAGAUCGAUGCCUUCGGCUUGGAUGGUGAGGAGCGCAUCGUGGACACCCUAAUGAUGUGCGGUGUUGAUGGGCAUCACCUGAUGGGCGAGACCAACAAGAUAGUGUUCCGGUAUCGCUUUUUGGACGGCAUUCCGGCGGAGAGUCAGGGCUUUGCCUUCGUUUACAAUUCGCUGGGUUCGCGUUGCGGUGAGACGAUACGCGCCUCGAUGGGCGUCCUCCAGACACCCGGCUACCCGGUGCGUGUGCCCCGUCCGGUGCACUGCGUCUGGUGGCUGGAAGUGCCCAAGGGCAGGAGGGUGCGCCUGGAGAUACUCGACUUCAAUUCGGGUGCGGGUGGCAGGAACUAUGGCGGCAUCGGCGGCCUGAUGACCUUCCAUGGUCGACUCACCGUGGCCAACGACUAUCGGAUGCAGUCCAUCCUGGGACGGUACAACAAUGAUCCGCCCGCCGAGCUAAUAUCCUCGGACAACACAAUGGGCAUCGACACCUUCCUGCUGCCCAUUGGCCACGGUCGUGGCGUCAAGCUGCGAUUCAGUGCCUAUGGGACCAGUUCGUGCCCGCAUUUCGCCUUCCAGCAGAACGUCGCCAAGGAGAUGGAGUUCAGGCGCGAUAAUGUCAGCAAUCCCGUGCACUGCAGCUACAGUAUCAGACCGGAGGUCAACCACACCAUCCUGAUUCAGGUGAAGCAGUACAACACAACCUCCGUGAUGAUGCAGAAUUCGCAUCUCUGCUCGCUGCUCUCGCCGCUCAAGAUGAACCGCUUGGACCACGAGGAGGCUUUGAUGCAGCGAAUCCUCUGCAACUAUGCGCCGCCUCCCGGCAAGUUGCCGCCAUCCAUCCGGGUGCCCUUCCCCCUCCAACUGGUCGUCUCUGGCACCACCCGCAACUCGUUGUCCAAUCUCGUGCUGGGCUACAGCAUGCAGAACUGCGGAGGCGGUAUCUUUCUGGAACCGGGCGACAAUAUGACGGUGCAACAGCCAUCGGGAAUGGAGGCGAUUGUGGGGGCCAUCGACUGUGCCUGGGCCAUUGGACCCUAUUUGGAUGCCGGCGGCGAGGACGAGGUGAUGCCCCAGGACAUCCAGCUGGAGGUGUCGCUGCAGGUCAACCUGCCCACGCCGGCUCCGGCAGCAGGAUCCGAGGAAUCCCCCUGUCAGCACCACUUCCUCAAUGUGUACAACGGACCCGAUCAGAGCUCGCCAUCGCUGGGAGUGUUUUGCAACCAGGCCAGCGCUGUGAAUAUAGUGGUGGAGCGCGGUCUGUUCCUGGAGUACCACGCGGAUAGCUUCUCGCCCAACGCCACCUUCAACGUGUCCAUCAAGUACGGAUCGGGAUGCGGCGGCAAGCUGACCUAUCCGUAUCGGCCCAUCGAUUUCAGUGAGCAGUACAAGAACAAUGUGGAGUGCAUUUGGGAGGUGGAGGCCACGGCGGGCUAUCACAUUGGACUCACCUUCCAUGGUCGCUUCUACAUUGAGGACAGCGCGGGCUGCACCAAGGACUAUCUUCUCGUUCAGCAGCGUAAUGACACCACUGGCAAUUGGACCGAUCUGCAGCGGAUUUGCGGUCGUGCUCCGCCGGAUAUGAUCAACACUACAUCGCCGUAUCUGCGCCUGAUCUUCCGUUCCGACGACCAAAUGGUGGGCGAUGGUUUUCUGGCCAAAUUCGAGCGCAAUUGCGGUGGCCUGCUGUUCGCCAACGACGAUGAUGACGAAGGGCCGCAGCAGCUGACCAGUCCGGGUUACCCAACUGGCUAUGAGAAGAAUUUGCAAUGCAAUUGGACCAUUGUGCCCGGAAAUCCUUCGAUGGGUGGUGUACUGAUCACCUUCGAGCAAUUCGAUUUGGAACAGUCACCCAUUUCGGUUUGCCUGUUUGACAAUCUAACCAUUACCACCAAGGACAAGGACAAGGAGCCCGUACAGACCACACUCUGUGGCGUGAAACAUGGCCACACAUACCGGGCCAAGGAAUCGAUCAACCUGCUCUUCCGCACUGACAGCAGUUUCUCGGGUCGCGGCUUCGUUCUGAACUACAGCAGUCGCCUGUGCGGUGGCAUGAUAACCCAAACGACACAGAUUCAAUCGCCCGCGCAGCAUACGGAUAAUAAAUUGCCACCCGGCAGUGAUUGCUAUUGGUAUUUGACAGCACCGGUGGGUCAUAAGUUCACCAUUAAGUUCGAAAUGCUUGACUUCGAGCCGCAUACGAACUGCGACUAUGAUGGUGUGGAGCUGUAUUCCGGACCCAUUCCACAUGCCCGGCAAAGACGUGGUCGUUUCUGUGGUCACAUCAACGAGGAUCUGCCCGUGAUCAGUAUACCCGAGGAGCGGGGCAUCAUACACAGCUAUUCGGAUGAUCGCCAUCCGUCGCGGGGAUUCAGUGCGUUGGUUCGAGUGAUGCGAAAUUGCGAUCAGCAAAUCGCACUGAAUGGCUCCACGCGCUAUGCUUUCCGGGAGUUCAGCAACCAGGACAGCAUGGGCUACGAGCACAAUCUCGACUGUAAUAUCGUCUUUCGGGUGAACUCGGAUCAGCAGAUCAGUUUGCAGUUCGAGAGUUUUCAUGUGGAGCAAUCGCUGAAUUGUGGCAAGGAUUUCGUGGAGCUGCGCGAUGGGGCCGGACCCUUUGCCGACUUAAUUGGCAAGUUCUGCGGUCAGGAUCAGCCGCCGACGAUGAUCACCACCAGGCACACACUGUUCCUGCGCUUCUACACCGACGAGCGGAUCAACGAUUCCGGCUUCGAGCUCACCAUCAACGCGGUGCCCCGCCUUUGCGACCGUGCCAGCCACCAGUUGGCCGCCGACGGAGUCAAACAGGUCACCAUUGAGUCGCCGGUGGGAUCGCCGGGCGGCAUCUACGGCAGCGAGGUGGCCUGCCACUGGCGCAUCCUGGGCGAUGUGCCACUGAGUGUGCAGUUCCUCUUCUUCGAUCUCCAUGGACCCGAUGCCAACGGCAGCUGCGUGGAUGACUACCUCAAGAUCUACAACAGCGAGGACGCCGAACUGGUGGAGCAGGGCUUCGGCAGCGAGCUGGUCUUCAAUGGCCAGACCUCCGGGCACGACUUCAUCAACUACGCCACGGAGCACGUGUACUGCGGGAACGUGAAGCCGGACACGUACUAUGCGAAUGCCAACGAGGUGUAUCUGAAGUUCCGGUCGAAGGGAAUGGAGAAGCGGACCCGAUUCCAGGUGCAGGUGUCGCUGACCUCCAAUGCCGAGCGCCACUACGAGGGACUGCAGGGCAGGGUGCGUCUGUCGCAGACCUCCAAUUGCGACAUCACCAUCCGGGCACCGCCCAACCACACCCUGAGUCUGUACUACAACGAGCUCGUCUUCGGCACCUACGACUGCAAGGUGGAGAGCCUGGACGUCUUCGACAGCACCAAUCGAUCCCUGCAGCACGUCUGCUCCUUUGUGGACGUGGGCAAGAGCCUGUUCAGCUCGGCCAGCGAACUGCGGCUGCAAAUGAAGACGGGCUCGUUUCUGACCACCCUGGACCUCACCUAUCUGGCCAGUCCCGCCGAAAGGGGUCCCGGCUGCGGCGGAGAGUUCUACAACACCCAGGGCGUCUUCGCCAAUCCCUUCUAUCCGGCCAAUGUGCGCAACAACUCCGAGUGCCAGUGGAACAUCCGAGUGCCCAGCAACAAUAUAGUACUGCUCAAUUUUGAGGUUUUCAACCUGGGCUCGAAGAGCACCUGCCACACGGACUAUCUGCUGAUCCUGGAGCGGGAUGAGUCUGGGGAGGAGCUCGAGAUGCAGCGCUUUUGUGGCGAGGACAACCCCAAGGUAUACAAGAGCCAGCGCAGCCAAGUGAUGGUCCGAUUCCACAAGACGGUCAACUACGAUGGCAUCGGCUGGGUGAUUCGAUUCGCCGGGGUCUACUCCAACUACCAAGUACCUAGAUAUUUAUUGGGCGGUUAAUCCCCAAGUCAAUAUUCAAAAGCCAGCCAAAUAACAAUAAUUUUAAAAUGUAAUAUGUGUAUCUCAAUAAAUUGAACAUUUUUCAGGCCUAAAAGAUUUUAAUAGUCAAUGAAAAUAAUGAUUAUAAUAGCCAAAGCAAAUAAUGAACUAUUCUU